CUUUCUGGCAGGAAGCUGAAGGAGGAGGAGCCGCGAGCCUCGUCGCUGCCGUCCAUCCCCAACCCCUUCCCCGAGCUCUGCAGCCCCUCCAAGUCGCCCAUCCUCAGCAGCCCCUCGGCAGGGCAAGGCCCGCAGCAUGAAAGCGGCCCCCACGUGGUAAAGGUCUUCAGCGAAGACGGCACCUGCCGCUCGCUGGAGGUCACGGCAGGCGCCACGGCCCGCCACGUCUGCGAGAUGCUGGUGCAAAAGACUCACGCCCUCCACGAUGAAAGCUGGUCCUUGGUGGAGCGCCAUCAGCACUUGGCUCUAGAGCGGUGCCUGGAAGACCAUGAGUCCGUGGUGGAGGUCCAGGCCACCUGGCCCAUUGGGGGAGACAGCAGAUUUGUCUUCCGGAAGAACUUUGCCAAGUACGAGCUGUUUAAAAGCUCACCGCAGUCCCUGUUCCCCGAGGUGAUGGUCUCCAGCUGCUUGGAUGCCAACAAGGGCAUGUCCCACUCGGAGCUCAUCCAGAACUUCCUCAAUUCCGGCAGCUGCCCAGAGAUCCAGGGCUUCCUGCACCUGAAGGAGGUUGGGCGCAAGGUCUGGAAGAGGUUUUACUUCUCCCUCCGCCGCUCAGGACUUUACUACUCCACAAAGGGCACAUCUAAGGACCCACGGCACCUACAGUAUUUUGCUGACCUCAACGAGUCCAAUGUCUACUUCAUCACACAAGGGAAAAAGCACUACGGCACGCCCACCGAGUUCAGCUUCUGCAUCAAGCCCUACAAGGUGCGCAGCGGCAUGAAGGGCCUCAAGCUGUUCUGCAGCGAGGAUGAGCAGAGCCGCACCUGCUGGAUGGCCGCCUUCCGCCUCUUUAAGUAUGGCGUGCAGCUCUACAGGAACUACCAGCAGUCCCAGUCCAGACGCAGCCACCAGUCUUGGAUCAGCACCACGCCCCUGAGGAGCAUGUCUGACAACACCUUGGUGGCCAUGGAUUUCUCGGGGUGCACAGGGCGGGUGAUUGAGAACCCCAACGAGGCGCUGACGGUGGCCCUGGAAGAGGCUCAGUCGUGGAGGAAGAAGACGAGUCACCGCUACAGCCUGCCAACUCCCUGCCAGGGCUCCCCGCUCAGCACAGCCAUCCAUCGAACGCAGCCAUGGUUUCACGGGCGGAUCUCAAGGGAAGACACACAGCGAUUGAUAAUCCAGCAGGGAUUAGUGGAUGGGGUGUUUUUGGUGCGGGAAAGCCAGCGGAACCCCAAGGGGUAUGUCCUGUCCUUGUGCCACCUACAGAAAGUCAAGCACUAUCUCAUCCUGCCAAGCGAGGAAGAGGGGCAGCUUUACUUCACCAUGGACGAUGGCCAGACGCGCUUUGCGGAUCUCAUCCAGCUGGUGGAGUUUCACCAAAUCAACCGGGGCAUCCUGCCCUGCAAGCUCAGACAUUACUGCACCUGCGUCGCCUUGUGA